AAGAACAAGUGAAGAUCCAAAUAAACCAGGCUAAAAACAAAGAAAAAAGAAAAAUAGUAUAUGAAGAAGACAAAAUAGAAAGAGAAGGAAAAGCACAAGCAAGAAAUUUUACUAUAGAAAGAAGCAAGUGGUAUGAACAAACUGAAAUAAAUAAAAAAGAAGAUAUAGCCAAUAGCUAUGAGAAGAGAGAACAGUAUGAUAAGAAAGAAAGCUUACAGAAAAAGGAAGGAGAAGAAGCUAACAAGAAGAGAAAAACUAAAAAAAGCAAUAGAUAUAUAAGCAAUAUGAAAAGCCAAGAAGAUGAUAACAUGUUAAUAGCAUAUGUAGUUCAACUUAUUCACAGGUUAGAGGAAAAA